UCUUUAUUUCUGUUUCCACUGAGUAUAGUUAAUUAAGACUAGUGUGAAUUAAGCUAGCUACCAUCCAACUUUGUCAUAUAUAAGUUCCUAUCAGGCUGGACUCAUUUACUAUCUCAAUGCUUUUGCUUUAUCUUUUGUCUUUUAGGAUACAUUCCUGUUUAGCUACAUGCUAACUGGGACUUCGAACUGGGCAUGGCACGCAUGAACAUUCCCUGGAUCUUCUUCGUUCAAAUCUUAGUUCUGGCUUCUAAAUCCGAAGCUAAAGUUUCUGCUAUUAUAGUCUUCGGAGAUUCAACUGUGGAUUCUGGUAACAACAAUUACAUUCCAACAAUUGCUAAGUCCAAUUUCGAGCCUUAUGGCCGUGAUUUUCCUGGAGGCAGCCCAACCGGACGCUUCUGCAAUGGUCGCCUUUCUCCUGACUUCAUCUCCGAGGGCUUUGGGCUAAAACCUAUUAUUCCUGCCUACUUAGAUCCUACCCUAAACAUCUCAGACUUCGCCUCUGGAGUUUGCUUUGCUUCUGCUGCAACUGGCUACGACAAUGCUACGGCAGAUGUACUGAAAGUGAUUCCUCUGUGGAAGGAAGUGGAGUACUACAAGGAGUACCAAAAGAAAUUGCGAGCCUAUCUUGGUGUUCAGAAGGCGAACGGAAUAAUUGCCGAGGCCUUAUAUCUAAUAAGCAUAGGAACGAAUGAUUUCCUAGAAAACUAUUAUGCCCUUCUUGACAGACAGUCCCACUUCACCGUUCAACAAUAUGAGGAUUUCCUCAUUGGCAUUGCUGAAAAUUUCGUUACGCAAAUUUACGACCUAGGGGCCCGAAAGAUGUCCCUCACAGGACUUCCUCCGAUGGGCUGUUUGCCAGUGCAAAGAGCCACAAAUUUUGAGGACCCUCUUAACUGCGUGGAGGAACGCAACAAAGUUGCCUUGGAGUUUAAUGGCAAGUUGAAUGUGUUGGUGGCAAAGCUGAACAAGGAGCUUCCUGGGUUGAAAGUGUUCUUCGCAGAUGCUUAUGACUUGCUUUUGCAGCUUAUCCAAAAUCCUUCUCAGAAUGGAUUUGAGGUUGCAGAAGAAGGGUGUUGUGGCACAGGGCUGUUCGAGAUGGGUAUUCUGUGCAAUCGGCAUCUCACGUGUACAGAUGCAAAUAAGUAUGUAUUUUGGGAUGCCAUCCACCCCUCACAGCGAACUAAUAAAAUUAUCUCAGAUAAUUUACUACGUUCCCUCGAACCACUGUUUCUAUAAUUUCUCAAACAAAUCGAGUCUCUAUUUGCAUCAGUUUCCAACGAUAGAUGAUCCGAAGCAGGAGAUUAUCGACUCUACAAGGAGAAACGAGGAACAAUUUCCAUUGAAUUGAACAAAAUAGAAAUGCCACAAGGCUUUUUGAGGAAGCAAGAAUACAACAUUUGUACAUUUUCUCUGAUUUAAGUGAAAAAUUAUUUCA